CAUCUACAGCAAGCAACGAGUAAACAAAUCUGAGUCACGUGCACAUCUCUAGUUCACAUAUAUUUUAGUUUCAGAACAAGUUGUAUGGGAAAGAAAAGUUGAAGAAAAUCCACAUUUUAAUACUCGUGUCUGCAAAAAGGACAAAAAAAUAAAUAAAUAAAUAAACACUGAAUUUCUUGAUGUGAAUGUUGUGAUAAUUUGCCAGCGAAAAUGGAUAAUGAUAUAUCAACAGCAGCAGCAGCAGCAGCUGUGCCAAUGGCAGACGCCUCAACGGAGACGGAGGCAGACAUGGAUGAUAUUUCACUAGGCACAUCAGCAUCCGGCGAAUCGUUAUCACUAGCAGCAGCAGCAGCAGGAUUAUCGCACACAGCUGUCGUUGUCGUCGAGGAGCCAACCACAAUGCCAACCACAUCCAAAUCAGCAGCAGAUACUGAUGCAGCAGCAGCAGCUGCAGCCGCAGCAGCUGCGGAUGCGGAACGUUGUUGCUGGAUUUGCUUUGCAACGGAUGAGGAUAACCGUCUGGCGGCAUGGGUGCAACCGUGUCAGUGCCGUGGCACCACCAAAUGGGUGCAUCAGAGCUGCCUCUAUCGCUGGAUCGAUGAGAAGACACAGAAGGGCAACGCUUUGCGUUCCGUUUCCUGCCCACAAUGCCAAACGGAAUAUAUUAUUGUAUUCCCAAAAAUGGGUAAAUUGGGUGGCGCUCUGGAGGCCAUGGAUAAUCUGGUCAAGCGUUUGAGUCCAUUUCUGGCGGCCGGUUUCUUUGUGGGUUCGCUUUACUGGACGGCAGUGACUUAUGGUGCUGUCACCUUUCUGCAGAUCGUUGGGCAUGAGAAUGGCAUGUCCAUUAUGGUGGCUGGCGAUCCGCUUACGUUGCUCAUUGGUCUGCCCGCGAUACCAGUUGGCCUGGUAUUGGGUCGUCUAAUCCGCUGGGAGGAUGCCCUCUUGCGUUUGAUACGCAAUCGUGCCACGGUCAUGCGCAAAUUUCCCUUUAUCAACUUUAUUUAUCCCAACCUCAAUCAGCAGAAGGAGGAGCUGCCGACUUCAUCGAAUCCGGCUACGCCGGCUUUGUCUGAUCCCGUUUCGCCGACACGCAUCUUUUGUGGUGCUCUGCUGUUGCCCACAAUUUCGUGCAUUGUGGGUCGCAUUCUGUUUGAUUCCGUGGAGAAUACGUUGCAUCGCACGCUGCUCGGUGGAUUGACUUUCAUCACGGUCAAGGGCAUGCUGAAAAUCUAUUUGAAACAGAAGCAAUAUGCGCGCCGCAAGAAGCGUCGCAUUGUCGACUAUACGGAGGAGAAUAUACGCAACUUUAUGCGUAGCAACAAUAACAAUGCUGGCGCCGUUGCUACAGCUCGUCAACUUCUGCAACAGCAGCAACAACAGCAAGAGCAGCAGCCACCAGUUUUGGCCAUGCCACGUUUGGUGUCCGCUCGGGAUCGGGACAGCGUUGUUUAAAUCGAACGCUCAAUAUAAAUUGUAAUUGAUAUUAUAUAAAGCAACUACUUAUUAUUGUUCAACUAGUUCAGUUUUGAUUUAAGUUAAUUGUGUUUUUGUAAAUCGACGACAACAACAAACAACAGAAGCACAUGCCUCAAAAUUCCAUGUUAAAGAAUUUUGAGAAAUGUACACGAAAAAAUAUAUUGCAAAAAAAUUGGCAUCUGCUUGUAGCUUGGCCAAAAUUGAUGUUAACAAUCAAAUACGAGAAUUAUGAAAUUUGCACAGUCCCGUUUAGCAAUUAACUCUAUAUAUAACACUUGUAUGUAUGCUUCCACACACACACACACACAAUUGAAUUUAUGUUAACUUUAUUGUGAAAACUACUAAACAAAUACUUUCGACAAAAUUGCCUAUGUAAAUAAAACCAAAAUAAGAAAAACCCCUUGGCAGCGGUUGGGUUUAUAAU